UGUUUUGAUUCCGCCACCGUUGCGCCGAAGAAUGACGGAGCCAAUCAUGUGAUGUUUGGCAAACAUCCCAAAUUCUGAAUAUGCAAAGCACAAAAGAAGUACCAACAACACCGCUUUCUUGAACCCCGAUAAAAGCACUAAUCAUUGACACACAGAAGAUCACAGUGGGAAGAUUCACUGUAUCGAAAGUGUGUGGUUGCCAUGGAAACUGAGGGUAAGGUGAUCAAGUGCAAGGCAGCAGUGGCCUGGGAACCUGGAAAAGCACUCUCCAUUGAAGAAGUGGAGGUUGCUCCUCCCAAAGCACAUGAAGUACGAAUUAAGAUAGCAGCAUCUGGGGUGUGCCACUCUGAUUGGGCUUAUCUGUAUGAUGUUGCCAAAAUGAAGCCACGGCCUUUUCCUUUAAUCCUGGGACAUGAAGGAGCUGGAACAGUGGAGAGUGUUGGUCCAGGAGUUACAAAGGUGUCUAAAGGAGAUAAAGUCAUUCCUCUGUUCCUGCCACAGUGUGGACAGUGUGAACGCUGCCUGAGUCCAAAGACAAACCUCUGCACCAAAAACUGGGAGAAAACUCAGCAGUGUGUUCUUGCAGACGGCACUAGCAGGAUCACCUGUAAGAAUCAGCAGGUUCAUCAGUUUAUUGGUAUCAGCACCUUCUCUGAAUAUACUGUUGUGCCAGAGGACAACGUCACCAAGAUUCACCCAGACGCUCCUCUGGACAGAGUCUGUCUGCUGGGCUGUGGAGUAUCUACAGGAUAUGGGGCAGCAGUGAACACAGGCAAUGUAGACUCUGGCUCUACAUGUGCGGUGUUUGGUUUGGGAGCUGUCGGACUGGCAGCUGUCAUGGGAUGCAAGGCUGCCGGUGCCACCAGGAUCAUCGCCGUUGACAUCAACCCAGACAAGUUUGAGAUCGCCAAGACAUUUGGAGCCACUGAGUUUGUGAACCCCAAAGACCACAAUAAAGCAAUUCAGGAGGUGCUGAGGGAGCUGACUAAUGGUGGCGUUGACUUCGCUCUUGAGUGUGUGGGGAAUGUGGGUGUCAUGAGGGCUGCUGUGGAAGCGUGCAGUCCUGCAGGGGGAGUCUGUGUGAUUGUGGGAUGGGUUGAGGUGGAGGAACUUUCUCUGGCCCCCCUGGAUAUCCUGCUAGGAAGAACUCUGAAAGGCACUUAUUUUGGAGGUUGGAAGAGUGUUGAGGCGGUGCCCAGACUGGUUCAAGAUUACAUGAGUGGCAAGCUUCUGCUGGAUGAGUUUGUGACACACAGACUAACUCUAGAUCAGGUUAACCAGGCCUUCGAUCUCAUGAUCACUGGAAAAAGGUGUGUUUACUAUAUUGCAGAGAUGGUGAGGCAGCAGCAACAACAAGCCGACAAUGACUCAGAAAACACUGGUUUACUAAUAAAAUGUCUCCUUGAUAUUUUUUUUCUCAACACAUUCAUACUCAUUACUUUUGCCAGUGCUUUGCGUCAAGCUAUAUUACGCCUAUAUAUAUAUUGAAUGUGCAUUAUGGUUUAGUAUUCUCCUCGGUAUAUAUUUAAGUAAUUAAAUUAAUAUAAACGUGUGAUUAGUUGACUAAUGGCUUAAAUGAAAGACUAAUAGUCAACUAGAAAAAUCUUUAGUCAGGGACAGCCCAAUUAUUUUAUAAAAGGAAGAUUGAAUUACAUUUUGAUUAUAAAUGAUGAGAUAAAAAAGACAUACAUGGAUGAAUCAUUCACAAUAAGAUCUAAGUAUAUACAAUAGCGUGAAUUUUCAUUUCAUGCAUUUCAUGCUGACUCUUGAAGUGAUAAAUCUAAUCUACAGCAAGCAUCAAAUUCCACAAAUCUAUGCAUGAAAUGCAAAAUA